CGGGGGCCCGCCUGCCCCUGUCUUCGUGCCAUUGGGCCGCGCGCGGGCACCGGCCUUGCCUUCCUUCCUCCCUCCCGCCGCCUCCUCCUCCUUCUUCUCCCCCCGCCCUGCCCUGCCGCGUCGACGCCCUUCAGCGUCUCCCUCCCUCCGGAGCGCCCACGGAGCGGAGCUUCUCCGCGUCCCGCCGCCGCUGAGGAGAAAACCGUAACCGCCCGCCCGACCGACCACCAUGUACCGUUGUCUGGGGGAGCUCCUGGCGCCCGCCCGCGCCGCCGGCUCGGCCGCGACCCUCUCAAGCGGGGAGCCCUGCGCGGCGGCGGCGGCGGCCCUGCUGUCGGGGGACGGGCCCGGGCGGAGGCCCGGCGGGAGCCGUCGCCGCUACAGCCAGGCGGCCGAGCCGGAGGACGACCCCAACUUCUUCAAGAUGGUGGAGGGCUUCUUCGACCGCGGGGCCGGCAUCGUGGAGGACAAGCUGGUGGAGGGGCUGCGCACCCGCGAGAGCGCCGAGGAGAAGCGGCACCGCGUCCGCGGCAUCCUCCGCAUCAUCAAGCCCUGCAACCACGUGCUCAGCGUCUCCUUCCCCAUCAAGCGCGACAACGGCGAGUGGGAGGUCAUCGACGGCUACCGCGCCCAGCACAGCCAGCACCGCACCCCCUGCAAGGGAGGCAUUCGUUACAGCACAGAAGUGAGUGUUGAUGAAGUGAAGGCCUUAGCUUCUUUAAUGACAUACAAAUGUGCAGUGGUCGAUGUGCCAUUUGGUGGUGCAAAGGCUGGUGUUAAGAUCAAUCCUAGGAAUUAUACAGAUAACGAGUUGGAAAAAAUCACAAGACGGUUUACCAUAGAACUAGCAAAGAAGAGCUUUAUUGGGCCUGGUAUCGAUGUGCCCGCCCCUGACAUGAGCACGGGCGAGAGGGAGAUGUCCUGGAUCGCUGACACCUAUGCCAACACCAUCGGCCACUACGAUAUCAAUGCCCAUGCCUGUGUUACUGGAAAGCCAAUCAGCCAAGGUGGCAUCCACGGACGUAUAUCUGCCACAGGCCGUGGUGUCUUCCAUGGAAUUGAGAACUUCAUUAAUGAAGCAUCCUAUAUGAGCCUCUUGGGAAUGACUCCAGGAUUUGGAGAUAAAACAUUUGCUAUCCAGGGAUUUGGCAAUGUGGGUCUGCAUUCUAUGCGGUAUCUGCAUCGAUACGGUGCAAAAUGUGUGGCCAUUGGGGAAAAGGAUGGUGCUAUAUGGAAUCCCGAUGGACUUGACCCAAAGGAGUUGGAAGAUUACAAAUUGCAACAUGGAUCCAUUCUCACCUACCCCAAGGCACAGGCCCUGGACUGCCACAUCCUCGAAGCCGACUGUGACAUCCUCAUCCCAGCCGCCAGCGAGAAGCAGUUAACAAAAGCCAAUGCUCGUAAAGUCAAGGCGAAAAUCAUUGCUGAAGGUGCUAAUGGGCCCACAACUCCCGAAGCAGAUAAAAUUUUCUUGGAACGGAAUAUCAUGGUUAUUCCAGAUCUGUAUUUAAAUGCUGGUGGUGUAACAGUGUCUUACUUCGAGUGGCUGAAGAACCUGAACCACGUCAGCUACGGUCGCUUGACCUUUAAAUAUGAAAGGGAUUCGAACUACCACUUGCUCAUGUCAGUCCAAGAAAGUUUGGAAAGAAAAUUUGGGAAGCACGGCGGAACUAUUCCAGUUGUGCCUACUGCCGAAUUCCAGGAUAGGAUAUCUGGUGCAUCUGAAAAAGACAUUGUUCAUUCUGGAUUGGCCUACACCAUGGAGCGUUCUGCCAGGCAAAUCAUGCGCACUGCCAUGAAGUACAAUCUAGGUCUGGACCUGAGGACAGCUGCCUAUGUCAAUGCAAUUGAGAAGGUCUUCAAGGUCUACAACGAAGCUGGGCUGACCUUCACAUAAACGGACGGUUCCUCCACCUCCAUCUUGGCUCCCUGUCGCAUAUCCUCUUCAGAAAGCGUAUCACGAGUUUACAUAACCACAUGAAUCCCUUUCCUUUCUCACUUCCUUAUAGUGGAUAUGAUUUUCAAUUCGCUUCUGUCAGAGCUAGUCCUUUUUAUAAUAAAAGAGAGAAAAAAAAACCUACACGGAUUUAGGGCUUCAUGCUGAGACAUAUACCUAAAGAUAACCCAUUCGUCUGCAUGUUUGGGGUGGGGUGGGGCAGAAGGAGUGUUUUUCAUCUUGGCAUUUUAAGAAGGUACCUUUUGUAUUGUAAGGUUUUGUGGUCUUUGCCACAAAAGGCAACUUAGCGAAGCUUCAGAUCCACACAUGCAGUGUCUUGUUGGAGCCAAACAGCAAACUGUUCAUGCACUUUGGUCUCAAGCGAUGUAACCCUCUUAGCUUUAGCACUUUCUGAGUAAAGGCCUUUUAGGAUCAAUGCAGCGGCAUUAUCAGAGACAGAACAGGCCUCCUGCAGGGAAUAACUUCAAUAGGAUUCUAAUUUUUACGCAUUAACCGAGCCAGAGGCCUGGUUCUCUUUGGCGAGUAUGUUCUGUUUUUGUUUCGUUUUUUUCCUUUUUACAAUCCCUGCUCCUGUUAGACGACAUUUCAAUCAUGUACUGGGCCUCCCCUUGACUCACGUGUACUGCAUGGUGCACUUAUAGAGAUCGGGUUGCAGGAGUUCACAUUUUUAUAGGCUGGAGCAGUUAUCAUUGUACAGGCACCCGUGGACUGACCUCUUGUGUGUUUCAGUUGCAUCUCUGCAUAAUCCAGUUAGCUUCUUUCUUUUU